CUGCACACAUUUCAACUGCUGGAUCCUAAGGGGCCUCACUAGUGCGCACAGUGUGAUUGUGAUCAGGCGCGCUCGGGGCAGUCCUGCAGCGUGAUGAGCUGGUUAAUGUUUACUCUGAGGCCGAGCGCGGUUACUAAACUAACCCGCUGUUAUCUGUCUGCUGACGCUGGCGCGGGGAAAAUGGCCACAGACUGGCUGUCCUCCGCUGAGCGAGAACAGUUCCUCAUGGAGCUGAGGGCCACCGGAUGGAUGGAGGUUAAGGACCGCGAUGCUCUCUACAAGGAGCUGAACUUCAAAACCUUCAACCAGGCGUUCGGCUUCAUGUGUCGAGUGGCUCUGCAAGCAGAGAAGAUGAACCAUCAUCCAGAGUGGUUCAAUGUUUAUAACAAGGUCCAGAUCACUUUAUCGACACAUGACUGUGGAGGACUGUCAAAGAAGGACAUUCGACUGGCCAAGUUCAUUGAUAAGGUGGCUCUGUCCCUGUAGAGGCUCGUCCUUAUUGAACGAAAUGACUCCACAUCCACAAACACAGUCAUGACCAGUAUAUCACAAAAUAUCUUAUUCACUUGAUUUUGUUGUUUGGUAAAACUUCUAUAGUAGACUCUACAGUACUUGUUUUCCACUGGUUGAUUGCUAUCAUAAUCAAAGUUUACUCAUAAUGAUUUCAAAGCUGAAGGUAUAGAAUGGGUCUAUUAAGCUGCAUUAUUCGCAGGAGAUCGUAGGUCAACUGAGCUGUUGGUUUCUAGCAGGUCACUUGUAUCAGCCAGCAGGUCAUUUUAAGUGCUCUCAUUAUUAGUCGCUCACUGCUUCGCUCCUCAUCUGCUUUAAAUUGCUUUGUUGCAUUACCAAUGGCCAAUCUAAUAAACUCACUCUUUACUAAAGGGUACUGCACCAACUCUUUCCACAAACCUUGGACGUUGUGUUAAAACAGAGCUAGCUUGAGUCAGCAGUAGAAAAUAACAUCUUCAGGAACUGUAGUCUGGCAUUGCUUGCAAGAGUAGUGUUUCUUGCCUGCUGCUGGAAGUCAAAUGUUAUGGUGUUUGGGCACUAGCCAGAGAAGUCAAAUAUCUGCAAAUCAAGAUAACGAGGUCUCCUCAUGUCCUUGCAUUUAAAUACAUUUUACAGAGUUAAAUUUCAACCCGAACCGCACUGGUGUCACCUGUGUGAUAAACAAACUGUGGUCCAGGCCCUCCAAUAAGAUACUGGCUUCGUCCCCAGAGCGUCCAUAUAUUUGCAGAGAGUUUCACACAGGUCUGUGAGUGUUUACCAUGCCCCAGUCAAACUCUGAAGAAAAGUUGAUAUUUACCAGACUAGAAAUGGUUUCAAAUCUAUUUUCUAAAGAGUUUAGAAUCCACCAAUCCACUAGAAAGUUUGCACAAAUGAAAGAAAUUCAACACCACUGUCCAAGUCCCAGUGUAUUCAGUGAAAUUCAAUAAUGAAAAUAUUUAAACAAGGUGAUUUUGACCUUGAGGAAAACUUUGAUCGUUAAACAAAACCUAAUUGCCAUUGGCAGAUGGUGACUCAGUAGGUGGGUGUAAUCUAUAGGUGUUUUUAAACUUCUUCCAAUUUUGGCACACUGCACUGUCUACUGGCUUCAGAAAAAAAAAGAAAAUCCAAGAAACUGCCAAGAAAGUUGCUUUGUUGAUGUAGCCCGUACAUAGUAUUGUGAAAGACUGGCAGCUUCUCCUGCAAGAUCUCAUUCCCAGAGCAGGGUAAGAAAGCACAAAACUGCUAUAUUAACUUGCUGAAAGAAGUCCACCUCGUGGCCGAGCCAACUCUUUGUGCCAUUGGUAAGGAGUAUGCUCCAACAGGACAGCACUUCCAAACUAGCAGCACACAUCAAGUGCUGGAUGUUUAACCUCAAGGAGAUCAGGCAGAGCGGUUGAGUUAUCUCAGAAGAAACAUGGAUUUACUAAUCGGGUGCUGAGGUAAACCCAUCCCUCCAAACGAGCUAUCGCAUUACCGAACAUCUGAUAAAUGUGAUUACAGAUGAACUGGACAUAGAUGUCAUUAAAACAUUUAUCAGUGAGUGGUGUAGUUUCAUCAUGUUAGUCCCCGAAAGGAUGGAGCGCUUUUGAAUGUAGAGUGGAGACUCUUCCAGCAACCGUUCCUCUGCAGACAGAUGCCUCUGGAGUCAGUGGAAGGGAAUUACAUAUCAACGGCUUUCCUGACCUGGAUUUCCCUGAGAGCCGUGAUACUCUAGAAGAAGGGUUUGGCUAGAACAUGGCCCCUGGAUUCCCUCCGUUUCUACCUUCUGGGGAGACCCUUCGUGCUAGAGACAGACUAUCAACUUCAGUGACUGGAAUGCAUGAAGGACUCCAAUGCACAAAUUACAGUCUCGCUCCCUUCAGUCCUACAAACUCAAUGUGAAAUAUUAUCUUGUUUCUCAAAUAUUGUUAGAGGGGCCAAAGCGUGAUCCCAGCUGUCCUCUAAAACAGCUCCUAUAGCAGACACUGGGGUUAGAUAAACUGGCCCCCUGAGGACCGACCCAACAGACAUCAGCCAUAUAGCUCAUACAUGCAGCAAACAUUUUACCUCUUAAAAGAGCUGAAAGGACUUUUAUCAAUGUUUUAUACCCUUGCUGGAAUAAUGAUAGUGGACGCCGAGUAUGGUGGUGGAGUAUGGUUUCAGGGUGUCAUAUCAUCUAUUGUGUGGUAUCAUAUUAAUCUGUUUAAUGUACGUUUACCCAUGAGUGUAAACUGUCAGAUAAUAGAGAUGCUAGUCUGUAACUAGCGUUCAGUAAGAUUAGUUAUUAUUGAAGAGUGCUGUUAUUGAAGAAUUGCAGUUCUUGCUUUGAGGUUGUUUCUUUGAUUUAUUUGGAGUUGGAAUAAUUGGAGUUCAGUAUAUUGUAUUGUAUAUUUAUUUCCUUAUUUUGUCACAUUUUGCUGUCUGCUGGUUUGGGCUGGCAGUGUCCUCCAUUGACACCUUAAUUCACACCUUAGCUUUAUUCAGUUUCUCAAGAAGACUCGUGUGGUCAAGCCAGGAGGUGUAACCUUUCAUAACUCCUUCCUGUUUUAGCCAUUCUGUAAUAUUAAAGCCUGCCACAGAUCCAGUCACUCAAUGAUCCUUUCAUCCUAUUCCUGUUCCAGCCAAAAGUUGAAGUCUGGCACGGUCCAGUAACAGUAACGGUAACCUGCUGUAGAUGCUGUAACUAAACCCUCUGACUGCAAGAGUCAUCAUCCUCCACUGACAGCCAGGGGUGCGUUUCCCAAACACAACUAUGGUCGCAAGUUCUGUCAUUACCAAUAGAGUUCAAUGGAACUAAUGACCAGUGUUAUCUAAAUACGCAGCAUAGAAACCUCAGCUAUGGAGGUAGAGUAAUAACUGUCAGAACCCUUUACUGCAGGGGGUCCUGCUGAACAUAGGAGAUAUUUUGAAGAACCAAACAGUUGACUUCCACAGUACUGUGUCAGUGUCAGUCAGUGGCUAACUGUCUGGUUACUCGCAAUCUUCAGAAUAUCUUCUUUUGUGUUCAGCAGAAGAAAGAAACUCAUUCAGGAUUGGAACUUGAUGGAAAUUUGAUUUGAUUGAAAAUUUAAUUUUUGGGUGAACUAUCUUUUCUAAGACAGUUUCCACUCAACUAAAUACACUACUGAAGCUGCUGGAUUUAGGUUUACAGGUAAAGUUUUUCCAUAAAUUACAUCACUUCAGUCCAUUACAAUAGUAUAUUGUUUUUAAUUUAACUGGUAAUCGGAAAAGAAAACCUUAAGUCUGUCUUUUAGUGAUCAUCUAUCUAUAUGUUUCUUAGUUUGUGAAACUGACUGAGGAGGGCAGAAUCAGCAAUAACAGCCGCUAAUGUGACACAAUCAUCUGAAUGGAGUUGUUCAUCCUCGGCUAGUGUGGCCAAACUAUAUCAGUUUGUAUUAUAUUUAUUCCACUGGUUUAAAUAUUGUUUAUCACUAUACCUGUGUUUUAAGGAUCCCUUUUAAGUCUUGUAAGUUUUUUUAAAUACAUAAUUCGAUUAAUACUUUACCUAUCAAUGCCCACAUCAUAUGUUAAUUACAAAAAUUAUUUCAAUUAGGGGAUAAAAUGGGUAACUCUUUAAGUAUAGUCCUUGUUAUACAUUGUACAUAUACUUAACAUUAGUACAAAAAAAAUUAUGCAUAAUUCCAUGCCAUAACCUUAAACCUUAGCCUUAAGUAAAUGCAUGUAUUAUUAUUAAACAGUACUUGAAUUUACAAUCGCACUGUAAAACGGACACCUUGAAAUAAAGUGUAACCAAAAA